AGCGGCGCGCGCACAGCUGGCGACCUCUGACCUCCGCCCAGACCGGAACCGGAGAAAAACUUCCCGGCUGGAGAGCGGAAUACCGGGGCCGGUUUAUUUUUCUUCCAUGUCUGAACAUUUCACCAUCUUUGCAAAAUGCCGAUACGGGCCUUGUGGAUCUUUAGCCACACAUUAGGAAAGGAUGGUAUAGUGAAAUUCUCAAGGCGUUAUCCCACAGUGGAAAAAAGAGCAAAGGCUUUUAACAGGGCAAGUUAUGUGGGCAUCCCAGAGGACGAUGAACUGCUGAAAUCAUUACUUCAUGAGCUGGGGCUUACAGAUGUAAAUAAAACCUUUGUGGAAUACAGAGACAACUGUUCUCGAAUCAGAAAAACAAAUGUGCACACCUUACCUGUAUCGGAAGGAAAACUGUGGCCUGUCCUCGCAAUAGAAAAUGAUGACUUUAUAUAUGUUUGCCUCCCCUUGGUAGAGCAAGUACUGGAACCACAACCAUCAUUAAUGAACAUUAACAGUAUAUCAGAAGCUUUUUCUCUUUUAUCUGGGGCAAUUUUGUUUCUUAAUUCAGGACAGAAUCCCGAAGCAGAAAUUUCUUCUAAGCUGGCUCAGCUUCCACUUCUGAUAACGCAGGUUUGUCCAUUGGGCUCACCUUUAGAUUCAAACUUGAUUGGUUUACAUGAAGUUGUGAACAGUAGUACAGCGAAUCAGGAACACAAAUCCCCAGCAUGGAGAAUGAACAGGCAGAAGGGUAAAUCUCAGAUCGAAGUUUACAUCACAGAGGAAGUUAUAUCUUCUCAGUACGACAAAGGCUAUGAUAGUGACAUGUGGCAAGUGUAUGGAACAGUCUCCUGCAAGUGCAAUUUGGAAGCAAUCAGUCCAAAUGUAACAGUCAGCUUGAAUCUACCAGCCAAUGGCUCUCCACUUCAGGAUAUCCUGGUCCAUCCCUGUGUGACUUCCGUCGACUCUUCCAUGUUAAUCUCAAGCAGUGUAGCUAUAGCUGAUGACUCUGCAUUCAAUGGACCUUACAAAUUACCAUUUGUGCCUCCCUUGGAUUUAUUCCAUUUGUGUUUCUACACAUCGCAGGUACCAGUGCCUCCAAUUUUGGGAUUUUACCAGUUGACUGGAGAUGGGUGCCAAGUACAAAUAUCAGUGAAAUUAAAACUUCAUGAAAGCGUCAAAAAUGGGUUUGAGCACUGUGAAGCUCACAUACCUUUUUUCAACAAGGGUCACAUAAAGCAUUUUGAUUACAAAGUUACUCAUGGCCAGCUCGAAUUGUCAAGAGAGAAGAGUCAUUUGGUUUGGAUUAUUGGACAGAAGUUUCCUAAAUCACUGGAAAUCUCCCUUUCUGGGACAGUAACUUUCAGUGCUGAAAAGCAUCCGAAUGACCCUGUGGAUCCUAUCUGUGUUGGGAAUACAGCCUACGUUAAACUUUCUUUCCGAAUCCCUGAAUACACACUGACGGGAUGUUUUACAGACCAGCAUUGUAUCCAGUACUUCUCAAAUGUGAAGCCCAAAAUCUAUGCAUCUCGGGAACUUAUUUCCUCUGAUUACUAUAUUUGGAAUUCCAAAGCACCAGCACCAUUUGUAUCCAGAUCAUUUAUUACAUAGUCUGCACUUUCAUUUUCUGAAUUGUUUAAAAUAAACCACUUGGAGUAAAGUCCACAUUUGUAUUAUU